GCCGCAGGCUACACGUUGGCGCAGAAGAUGGUGGCAAAGGCGUGCGGCCUGCCCGGCGUGCUGCCCGGCAUGUACGUGGAGCCCAAGAUGACCACCGUCGGGAGUCAGGACACGACUGGGCCGAUGACGCGCGACGAGCUGAAGGACCUGACCUGGCUUGCCUUGGCUUCUCCGCGGACCUGGUCAUGCAGUCCUUCUGCCACACGGCGGCGUACCCGAAGCCUGUUGACGUCGUCACCCACCACACCCUGCCGGACUUCAUCCGCGACCGCGGCGGCGUGGCCCUGCGCCCCGGCGACGGCAUCAUCCACUCGUGGCUCAACCGCAUGCUGCUGCCGGACACCGUGGGCACGGGCGGCGACUCGCACACCCGGUUCCCCAUCGGUAUCUCCUUCCCCGCCGGCUCCGGCGCCGUCGCGUUCGCGGCCGCCACCGGCGUCAUGCCCCUGGACAUGCCGGAGUCCGUUCUCGUGAAGUUCAAGGGCGGCGUCGAGUCCAUGCAGGCGGGCAUCACGCUGCGCGACCUGGUGCACGCCAUCCCGUACUACGCCAUCAAGGCGGGGGACCUGACCGUGCCCAAGGCCAACAAGAAGAACAUCUUCGCGGGCCGCAUUCUCGAGAUCGAAGGCCUUGAGAGUCUGACCUGCGAGCAGGGCUUCGAGCUCUCGGACGCCUCGGCUGAGCGCUCCGCCGCAGGUUGCGCAAUCAAGUUGAGCAAGGAGUCCGUCGCCGAGUACCUGAGGUCGAACGUGGUCAUGCUGAAGUGGAUGAUCGCGGAGGGCUACGGCGACGUGCGUACCUUGAAGCGCCGCAUCGCGUCCAUGGAGGCUUGGCUUGCGAACCCUGUGCUAAUGGAGGCAGACCCCCAGGCCGAGUACAAGAAGGUGUACGAGAUCGACCUCGCCGAGAUCACGGAGCCGAUCCUGUGCUGCCCCAACGACCCCGACGACGCCAAGACGUUGUCGGAGAUCGGCUCGCCGAAGAUCGACGAGGUCUUCAUCGGCUCGUGCAUGACCAACAUUGGCCACUUCCGCGCCGCUGGGGAGCUCCUGCAGGCUCACGGAGGCCAACUGCCCACUCGUCUGUGGGUUGCCCCCCCGACCAAGAUGGACGCGGCCCAGCUCACCGCUGAGGGCUACUACAGCGUCUACGGCAAGGUGGGGGCGAGGACCGAGAUGCCUGGUUGCUCGCUGUGCAUGGGCAACCAGGCGCGCGUGGCGGACAAGGCGACCGUGGUGUCCACCUCCACCAGGAAUUUCCCGAGCAGCUGGGCCAGGGCGCCAACGUCUACCUCGCCAGCGCGGAGCUCGCCGCGAUCGCGUCCAUCAUGGGCAAGCUGCCCACCAAGGCUGAAUACCUGGAGACUCAGAUGUACAAGACCCUGCUGA